AUGCUUGUCGCGGCCAUAGGCUUCAUGAACCUCGUCGUCUACAUUGAAAGCAAGCGCGACAAUGACACCAACGAAGGCCGCUCGCUGGAGGACCAGUGCUCAAAUCAGCACGACACGGCGCUUAGCUUGGCUUUCAGCCUGGGUUAUCUGGGAGCCGACCAUUGGUAUGCUCAUCACUGGCUGCUUGCCGUCCUCAAGUCAAUGUGGGCAUUUCUGCACGGUGUACCUUUUCUCAUUUACCGCUAUGGCGGCCACCGUGAUCCUUAUGCCGCGGGUUUUCCCCGGGGCUUGCUUUGGCUGUCAGCAUUUUCGUUUCUGUUGAAGAUCGUCACCUUUUUCUGGUAUCCGAUCGAUGCAUACCUCUGGUCCUCGGGCGUCUAUAGCAUCCCAGGUUGCUUGGAUCGCAUCGUGAAUUGA